AUUAUUUAGAUUACAAUGACAAUUACGUGUCAAACAUAUGGAAGAUGUCAGACUGAAAAAGGAAAGAAAUAGUGAACACAAACGAACGAUCGCGUGGAUGUCAUUGCAAAAUUAGCAUCUUUAGGAUAAUCCUAUGUAAAGGAUAAUAAUCGUAAUGUAAAAAAGUGCGUUCCUUUAUAUUUGUUUCAUUGUGUAAUCUCAUGAAACGAUUUCUUAUUGCCAAUUUGUGCUGCAACAUUGAGGAAAUCUUUGUCUGGAAUAUUCGCAUGCUGUAGUUUUGUUCAUGGGUGUAUUGUCGUUUCUUCAUCGACGUCAUACUGUGCUAUGUUUUGUAAACAUUGGAGACUUGCAACAAAACACUCCUCCCGGUACGAGUUUGCGAUGUUCAGUACUCAGGAGCGUUUAAAACGACGGACUCCUGCUGGAGGCAUAAAUCGCAAGACAUAUCUGUGUUUGCUUGUAGAUGAGUAUUAUGAAACAUCGAACAUAGAAGCUCAGCAACAAGUAACGGCAAAUCUAGCAAAUUUUGCAUACGACCCAAUCAACUGGACAUUUUUGCGUGAAGCAAAAGCGCACGAACUUUUUUACGAAAUUGUUCAACAAUCGUUACAAGGAGUAGUGGACCGUUUUCUAGUUCUACACGCAAUCGUAGGACUAGCAAACAUUUCUCUUGAUCCAGUUAUUGCAGAAUACAUCGAGCGAAGUAACGGUCUUGAACAGCUGCGAGCGUUGUUGGUAAAAUAUCAGACAGAUUGCGAGAUAGUUUGUAAUGCGUUGACGUGUUGUUCUUUUCUGUUGAAUGACAACAGAACUUUGUUGCUGAAGCAAGACAAGUGUUUAUUAAGUCUGUUGGAAAAUUUAAAACAGUCGAAGAACUCCAGAAUUGCAAAUCUUGCAACGAUAUUGGCAGAAGAUCUUAGCUAGAGCAAUGCAUUGCUUAAAAUUAGUAAGACUGAUCAGCACCACAACCACCAAAGUUCAACCUGCUGUAGGUACUGUGUUUAGUUUGUCGAGAACAUUUCGUGAAUCCGACGUACAACAGUUUGUGGCACUAACCGGUGAUAGCAAUCCAAUCCAUGUAACAGACGUACCUGACCUCAAAGAACAAAUCUUCGUAAAUGGAGCCUUCCUGAAUGGUGUCAUUGCUGGCAUAAUCGGUACUCACUUUCCGGGAUUUGUGGUGACGACGCAGAACUUUCGUUUCCCAAACCGAUGCCAUUUGGACAGAGAAGUCCACUUCAGCGUAAAGGUAGAAGAAUUGCGGAAAAUUGUAACUGUUUCGUAUGAAAGCAAACAAAACGGUAUCGUUGUUUUCGAAGGUCACGCAAAACUGUUUGCCGUGCGGAAAUGAAAAUAAACUAUGUUCAACAGAAAUGAUA